CAUCUCUCUCAUUCGUUCACUAUUUUAUUAUGUGGAUGAUAAUACUUUUACUUUACAAACUGUACGUUUACUACUACAAUUAUAAUAAUAUAUAAAUAAUAAGAAAAGAAAACAGGUUAGUCACAGACCAUCCCAUAGUAUAGUAUUAUAUGGGACGACCCAUUCUUAUUCUGAGAUAAUCAGUUCACUGAGAUUCAAGGGCAUUUCAACACGACCAGGACUUACCAAAGCUAGACUUUUCAACCCAAGAAAUCCUGUCAUACUAUUCUCAUAAUAAGAUACAAAAGGAAGCAGUUGACGUGUGAGCAGCCUUUACCCCGCACCACAAUGAAAUCAGAUAUCAAAGUCUCAUCAGGAUUCAAAAUGCGUUUGUCUUCACAGAAACUGGUCGGCGUGACAAUUGUUUUGAGCGCCAUAAUCUGCACCAUCACCUUAUAUAAAAGCCCUUACUAUGAUUUAAAAAAAGUAGUUAAUAUUACCUUAAUAGAGCAGUUUUUGCACAAAGAACCAUGUGCGUGUUUGGAAGGCUGCUUGGCUGCGACUGAAGAUGAGUGGUUUAAGAAACGCUUCAGAGAUGAUAUUCCACCUCUGCUUUCUCUCGAAAAUAGUGAACUACCCGACAACAUUUCUAUCUGGUGGCAGCACCUACAGUCGACCAAGACCAAGACUGAAUACAAGCAAGCGAUCGAGGACCUGUUCGAAGUCAUUCCCAAAGAGGGACACUACAGAGACGCCGGACCACAUCGCUGCCGAACCUGUGCCGUGGUGGGAAACUCUGGGAACCUUUUAGAAUCGCACUACGGCCCCCUUAUAGACAACAAUGACUUUGUAAUGAGGAUGAAUAAGGCACCAGUUAAAGGCUUUGAAGAUGAUGUGGGAUCGAGGACCACCCACCGAAUUAUGUACCCGGAAAGUGCCGUCCAUCUGGAUAACACCACAAACCUGGUGCUCUUACCUUUCAAAAUACUGGAUAUCCAGUGGGUUACCAGUGCUCUUACCACUGGAACCAUUAAAAAAACACGGUUUAAGGUUAUAGACAAACUGCAAGCCAAUAAAGACAAGGUUAUGGUUAUGCAUCCUACUUUUAUGCACUAUGUGCACACCUCAUGGCUGCAAAUCACGGCUCGACGUUCAUAUCCAUCCACGGGUUUUCUUGCCCUGAUGUUUGCGCUACACGUUUGUGAUGAGGUCAACGUAUUUGGAUUUGGUGCAAACAGUAAGGGGACCUGGAAUCACUAUUUUGGAGGAUUGCCCAAAAGUUUCAAGGGGACUGGUAGACACAGCGGAGGUCUUGAGUCCACUGCCAUUAAAGAACUGACAAAAAGGAAUAUAAUCACUAUAUACAAAGGGUGGUGAGGAGGACUGUGAUUAUCAUGAAUGUGUUUAAUUUAUUAUUAAUAUUUAACCUGUUCUGUUGUAUAUUUCUCAUACUGAUUACUUUGAACAUGCACCGUGCGUGAGCAGUAUGCACAAUACAUGAAUGCUCACAUUGUUAAUUGAUUGGUAAAAGCUUUUAAAAUGUGAGCUCUCAUAAAGUUGUCAGAAAUAUGAACACUAAAUCUUAUAACUUAAAUGAAUGUUCAAUAUGAAACUUGAAAAUUCUGUUAGCAUUAAAAUAGCAAUGUUACAGGUGCUUUGUGGAGCCAUGCAGGCAAAGGAGGAGAAAUUUAAAAAACAUAAUUUUUACUGUAAGAGUGGAGAUUUUGCUCAGCAGAUCCACGUAGGAAAGUCAUACAAGUUUGAAGUUAAAGGUAUAGUUCACCCAAAAGUGAAAAUUAUGUCACUAAUGACUCACCCUCAUGUCUUUCCAAACCCGUAAGACCUCAGGCCCUAUUUUAACGAUCUAAGCGCAUUGUCUAAAGCGCACAGCGCAAAAUCCAAAUGGGCGUGUCCGAAUCCACUUUUGCUAAUUUAACGACGGGAAAAAUAGUUUGUGCGCCGAGCGCAUGGUCGAAAAGGGUACACUGUAAAAAAUGUCUGUAGAAAUUACAGUAUUAAUGGGUAUUACUGGCAACUAGCUGCCAGUAACUUACUGUAGAUUUUACAUUUAUGUUAUUUACUGGCAACAUUUUGUUCAAAGUUAAAUGAACAUGAAAAAAUGUUUGACUUUAUCUUCUACAGUAAGUUACUGGCAACCAGCUGCAAAAUUACAAAAAUUUUUUAGAGUGUAGGUCCUAUUGUAAUGGGAAUAUUUUGGGCGUAACGUGCAAUAAACCAAUGAGAGUCUCAGCUCUCAACCCCUUUAAAAGCCAGUUGUGCUGGCGCUAUGUCUAAUCCCUAUUUAGAUGACGGACUUUGUAAACUGAAAAACUAAGUGGAGGAAGAAG